CCGGAAGAGCUGAGUUAAAAAUACGUUAGCAAAGUUUUUUCUACUGUUUUCACACUGACGUUUACGUCGCCGUUUCUUCUGCAUCUCACAUUGAAUUAGCCAUCCGUUGACCAUGUCUUACGACCAAUAUUCUUAUAUUUCAUCACUCAACACUCUCACCAACGAUAACUCACCAGAGUUAUCCGGUCCUACUGAGCAGGAACUCGCUGACGAGUUAGCUCUUUGGUCCACUGCACAAUUCACUUUUGAUGUAGAGCCAGGUGUUGGCAUUUAUGACGACAAGCCUUUGGAGUAUGAACAAUCACUAGAGUCAAAGUCCUUGACAGAUUUACCCGCCCAAUCCAAAGCCAAUCUAGACCCUGUCACCUACCAAGGUCUUGCCAAUUACCUUGACUAUGAACUUCCACAACAGCGUUUGGCUCAACCCGCCCCUAUACAACCCAUGUUGCAACCUCGGCCACUCAGCACUGCCAAGCCUGCUAUGCCUAUCCUUGCACCACGACCAUCACCUGCUGAUGCUUCAACUUCCUUCAAUUCCACCAACUUUUCUGCCAACUUCGGCGUGCCCAUGAUUUAUCCAAAGCCAUCAUCACCUGAAGAUAAACCUUCAGUGAGCUUGAAAAGAAAGGCCACGGACACUGGUAAAGUUGUGGAAAAAGACAUCGCAACUGAUCCUAAUCUAGACUCCAAGUCUGCUAGCGAAGAAGACAAGCGACGCCGUAAUACCGCUGCAUCAGCACGUUUCCGUGUCAAGAAGAAGCAGCGUGAGCAAGCUUUGGAACAAACUGCCAAGGAAAUGACUGAUAAGGCUGAUCGAUUGGAAGGUCGAGUUAAGGAACUCGAGCUGGAGAUUAAAUGGCUUCGAUCAAUUUUGAUCGAAAAAGAGUCUCGAACCUCAGAUGCAUCAGAUGCUCCUGCAAAGCAAGAUGUCAAGGCAGAAUAAAUAGAGAUUGACUCUCUAUCCUCAUUGUAACUUUUUCUCCUUCUACCCCCAACCCAAUUCUCAUAAAAACUUGCCACCUUCUCUCCACCUCUCUUCUUUGUAACUUUAUUACUUUCUCGUUUUUUAAAAUUCCAUAAACAUCAUAACAACAAUAUAUAAAACGAAAACCCCUUUAGCAAUAACAACUUGGUAUCAUGCCACCCUACCAAGAUGAUAUA